AUGGAAAAGAAACAAUUUGAAAGCGUUCAAGCCACAUUAGAAAAAUAUAUUCCAGCCGAAGAGCUUUCUGAAGUUAAAAGAAUUCUCUAUGGAACCAAUAGAGGCAAACAUGUACAAUCAAUUCCAAUUACCCAAGAAGCUUUGGAACUUUCCAAAAAACAUAAUUUUGAAAUUGUUGCCUCAAAGAUCGAAGCUGAACCAGAACAAUUAAGAAAACCAAGAAUUGUCAGAAUUGGUAUUAUCCAAAAUACAAUUGGCAAAGAAACCACUGCUCCAGUCCAAGAACAAUAUUUAGCAAUUGAAGCCAAAAUUGAAAAAAUGAUUGAUGCUGCAGGUGCUAUGGGUGUAAAUGUUUUAUGUCUUCAAGAAACAUGGCAUAUGCCAUUUGCAUUUUGUACUAGAGAAAGAUAUCCAUGGGUAGAAUUUGCAGAAUCAGCAUCAAAUGGUCAAUCAGUUAAAUUUAUUCAAAGAAUGGCUAGAAAAUAUAAUAUGGUAAUUGUUUCACCAAUGUUAGAAAGAGAUGAAGUUCACAGCGGUACAAUUCAUAAUACAGCAGUAGUUGUAGGUAAUAAUGGUAACAUUAUUGGCAAAAGUAGAAAGAAUCACAUUCCACGUACUGGUGAUUUUAAUGAAUCAACUUAUUACAUGGAAUCAACAUUAGGCCACCCAGUAUUUGAAACAAUUUAUGGUAAAAUUGGUAUCAACAUUUGCUAUGGUCGUCACCACAAUUUAAAUUGGUUAGCAUAUGGUCUCAACGGUUCAGAAAUCGUAUUUAAUCCAUCAGCUACAGUUGGCGAACUCUCUGAACCAAUGUGGGGUGUCGAAGCUAGAAACGCUGCUAUGACAAAUAACUAUUUUGUAGGUUCAAUUAAUCGUGUUGGAACUGAACAUUUCCCAAAUGAAUUUACAUCAGGUAAUGGUAAACCAGCCCAUAAAGAUUUCGGUCAUUUCUACGGUUCAUCUUAUUUCUCAUCACCAGAUAACUGUUGUUCUCCAGCUCUUUCACGUGUUUCCGAUGGUCUUAAUAUUGCUGAAGUCGAUCUUAAUUUAUGUCAACAAGUUAAAGAUAAAUGGAACUUCCAAAUGACUGCACGUUAUGAAUUAUACGCUAAAUUCUUAACUGAUUAUAUUAAACCAGACUACCAACCACAAAUUAUCAGAGACCCAUCAAUUAAAGAAUAA